AGCGAGUCACUCCAUUGUUCUGAUGGAUUUGAGGAGGAGGUUAUUAGCCUACCACUGUCCUCAAAAUAUAAUCAAAGUGUAUUAUGAAGCUGCCAGAAAUCAUUUGGCAACAUAGGCGUUUUUUACAACACGCUGUGGGUUUUCCUGCGGACAUUGGUGAAUGUGGUAACUCCCCGUCUGCUCUUUAGUCACCUUUGUUCGUGACCGAGCAGAGCAGAGUAGUCUACAGCCUAUGAGCGGGCUAGUUGUGACGCUUGUGGCGUGCUGGACGUCACGUCAUUGUGGGCUGUAGGCUCACGUUACGGUGUUCACGUCAGUUCAGAAAGAGUGAAAUAAUUUUUUCAGAAACGGACACCGGCAGUCAAACAGCCACAUACCAAAGGUAAAUGUCUUUCUGGUGUUUGUAACCUUUGGGCUUGUUUAUCCUGUUGGCUUAAUCUCAAAGCUUUUCUUUUUUCAGGAAGAUGAAUCCAAAGGUCGACAAGAAGACCGAUUUAUGCCCCAGCCCUGUUUUUGUGCAUAACCCACACCUGGACGCACUGAAAGAUGACGUCCUCUACCACUUCGGUUUAGGAACCAGAACUCACGACCUACCAGCUAUGUUUGGUUAUGUCAAAUUUGUGUGUGUUGGGGGCAGUCCUUGGAGAAUGAAAUCCUUCAUCGAGUACAUUGCUGCGGAGCUCGGUAUGGAAGACCCCAAAUCAGAGUACCCAAACAUCUGUGCUGGAACAGACCGCUAUGCUAUGUACAAAGUUGGCUCUGUACUGUCUGUCAGUCAUGGGAUGGGCAUCUCAUCUAUUGCCAUAAUGUUACAUGAGCUAAUAAAGCUCCUCCAUCACGCUCAUUGCACAGAUGUUACAAUUAUACGCAUUGGGACAUCCGGUGGAAUAGGGCUUCAGCCUGGCACAGUUGUUGUUACCAAGCAGUCUAUGGAUGCCACCUUCCUGCCCAAGUUUGAGCAGGUGAUCCUGGGGAAGACGGUGGUGCGCAAUACUGAUCUGGACCAAAGCCUGGCUGAGGAGCUGUUGCAGUGCAGCAAAGAGCUGAACCAGUUUGACACAGUGAUAGGCAACACCAUGUGUACACUGGAUUUCUACGAAGGGCAAGCCCGUUUGGAUGGUGCUUUCUGCUCCUACACUGAGAAGGAUAAACGGGACUACCUCACUAAAGCCAGUGAAGCAGGAAUCUGCAACAUUGAAAUGGAGUCAUCAGUUUUUGCUGCUAUGUGCAAGCUGAGUGGUCUACGAGCGGCUGUGGUUUGCGUGACAUUACUGGAUCGGCUGAAGGGGGAUCAGCUGAACGAGUCUCAAGAAGUUCUUCGCAGUUACCAACAACGUCCUCAGAUACUGGUUGGCUACUACAUUAGGAAACAGUUGAAAGGCAAAGCAGUAUGUAGCUAAGUGCAAUAGCUAUUACACUGAUAUGCAAGCAUACAUCCAAAUUGUCUCUUGAAAAUAUAGCGCUAUGCACUAACUCAGUUUUUCUAUGCUCACCAAUAGCCAUACCUGUAAUACCUCCAGAAUCUUGAAGUUAUGCACUGCCUUUUAUUUAUCCGUUAUAUAGUUAAAUGAUUUUAACUGUCUUAAUAAACCGGAAUGUGCUAUUUAA